AUGGACUCAUCUGCGGUCAGUCCCUGUCCUGUAUUCUACAGGACUGUGAAGGACCAAGUCAUCCCUAUGGGGAUGCACAAUAGCUAUCAGAGAACUCCUGUGCACAUGGAGGGGCACAAACAACUGCUGGAAGACUUGCACCACUCCCUGAGUCCCUUUGUUCAGCCCAAGAAUACCGACCAGAAGCCUGAUCAUCUUAGGCCCCCUCCUAAUAUCUGCUACAACGGUGUCCAUACCGUGGCUCAUACAAAGCAGACUGCCCUCAAAUCCACCGGUGCUAAAGCACCCAGGAAACAACUGGCUACAAAAGCUGCUUGCAAGUGUGCGCCCUCUACUGGAGGGGUGAAGAAACCUCAUCAUUACAGGCCUGGUACUGUGGCACUCUGCGAAAUCAGAUGCUAUCAGAAGUCCACCGAACUUCUGAUACGCAAGCUCCCCUUUCAGCGUCUGGUGAGAAAAAUUGCUCAGGACUUCAAAACAGAUCUGUGCUUCCAGAGUGCAGCUACUGGUGCUUUGCAGAGGGCAAGUGAGGCCUAUUUGGUUGGCCUUUUUGAAGAUACCAAUCUGUGUGCUAUCCAUGCCAAACGUGUAACAAUUAUGCCAAAAGAUAUCCAGCUAGCAAGCCGCAUAGGUGGAGAUCAUGCUUAAGAGUCCACUAUGAGGGGAAACAUUU